GAAGUCCCACACGUCUUUUUCUUGAAAAAUCAUUCUACACGUUCUCACCAUGAAUUCCACUACCAUGAAUAACGCUUCUAAAGAUGCUAGUCCCACACCCGCUUCCACUUCGUCCUCCCCAAAAGACGCCCUCAAGCAUGACAUCGAGUUCGACAACAACGAUGAGCAGCAACCCACCAAGCGUGCUAGACGAGAAGAUGUUCCGCUCGCACCUCUCAAGAAGUCAACCGACCAUCCCCAACGAAAAGUUCAUGGCAAAUCUAAGCCACUCCUAUUCACAACUUCGCGCGUCGAAAGCUCCACCAGUCAUGUCUCUGGUGGUCUACCUGAUGUUUCUCGUGGUCAUUCUUCCACUUCACCUCCUGACCAUGACCAGCACAUGGUUGACUCAGUCACUCAGAAUACCGCAUACACAGCUUGUCGGGGUGUUUUGAAGGAGCAAGAUCACAAAUUUCUCCAACAACUUCUUCAGCAGAAAGACGAUGAAAUCAGGGCAUUGAAAAUCAAGCUUGAGGUCAGAGAGGAAUUCGAUAAUGAGACUGUUGCUCGUGAGGAAGAGCUAAAAGACACAAUUGAGAAGUACCGUUCAGAUGCCGAAUAUUGGAGGGAAAGAUCCACUUGCGGUCUUGAAAGUUUUAAGAUUUUGCAAGACAAACAUAACAUUCUUGAAGUCAAGCUUGAGGCAGUUAGCACUGAGUCACAAGUGAAAAAUAAAAGUCUCGAAACCGAGCGCGAAGCAGUUAAGGCUGACUUUCAAGAGCAAUCUGUUCUUGCAGCAAAACAGGAGACGGAGAAGGCUGAGUUACAAGAGAAAUACGAUACACUUCAAGACAAGUACAGAACACUAAAGGCUAUGGGCACCAACAAGGCUUCUUAUGUACUGUACGAAGGUCGAAAAACUCCCGAGCUUAUAUCUGUCAAUUACGAAAUAUCAGAUGAGGAGCUGGCGGAAAAGCGAACGAAGCUCGCGGAUGAAAACGCUGCCGAGAUGGCUGCCGAGAUACUGAUGACUCUGUAUAAUAGCUCUAACAAUGGCGCUUAUAACUGCGAUACUCCUAUCGAUUCAAUUGAAAUAGUUCCAGAAGAUAUGGGAUUCAACGAAAAACUGGUCGAAGAAACUUCUGAUACAGUCUCUAGGUCAUCAAACCCAAAGGUACCAAAUAUUCUCACUCCACCCUUGAAGAUCUCCUAGAGGCCACUUCUGUUUUUCUUUUGCUGAUAUUAUGACAAAUUCAGAGAACCGGCUCUUCCGUUCCUUUUCGAUACGUCACACCUUCGGUGACCCCUCAGUCACCGGAUCCGUCCAACACGUACGAGUCUAAUUGUCGCUUGUGGGACACA